AUGGAAGGGCCGUCCUCGCUCACCGGGGAGAGCCGGAGCCCCCCGACGGCGGCGGCGGUGGCUGCUGCGCCCCGGCAGCCCUGCUUCGCCAGCCUCUUGAGCCGCGCCAAGGAGAAGCUCUGCAACUGGCGCAUUGUGAAAACACUUGCCCUGGGCCAGAUGCUCUCCUUGUUUAUAUGCGGGACAGCAGUUACCAGCCAGUACUUAGCCGAACGCUUUCAGGUGAACACCCCGAUGCUGCAGAGUUUCGUCAACUACUGCUUGUUGCUCCUAGUAUACACGACGACUCUGGCCUGUAGGAAAGACGGCGACAGCCUCCUGAAGAUUCUGAAGGGGAAAUGGUGGAAGUACAUUCUGCUUGGGCUGGUUGACGUUGAAGCAAACUACACCAUCGUCAAAGCCUACCAGUAUACCACCCUGACAAGUGUUCAGCUCCUUGACUGUUUUGGGAUUCCGGUGCUGAUGGCUUUAUCGUGGUUCAUCCUUCGUGCAAGAUACAAGCUGAUUCAUUUCAUUGCUGUUGCUGUCUGUCUUCUGGGCGUAGGGACCAUGGUCGGUGCAGAUAUAUUAGCUGGGAGGCAAGAAGGUGAAGGAAGCAAUGUGGUGAUUGGAGACGUCUUAGUCCUCCUUGGCGCCUCGCUGUAUGCUAUUUCGAAUGUGAGUGAGGAAUACAUUGUGAAAAAUCUGAGCAGAGUGGAGUUUCUAGGAAUGGUGGGCUUGUUUGGGACGGUUAUCAGCGCUCUGCAGCUAGGCAUUGUGGAACAUAAAGACAUAGCUAAUAUUCAGUGGAACUGGAAAAUCGUCUUGCUCUUUCUGGCUUUUGCCCUCUGCAUGUUCGGGCUGUACAGCUUCAUGCCGAUAGUGAUUAGAGUUACCAGCGCCACGUCGGUCAACUUGGGCAUUCUGACAGCUGACCUCUACAGUCUUUUCUUUGGACUCUUCUUAUUUGGCUACAAGUUUUCAGUGCUCUAUCUCCUGUCCUUCGUGGUCAUCAUGGUGGGGUUCAUCCUGUAUUGCUCCACGCCGACCCGCACCGCGGAGGCUGCCUCGACCAGCUUGCCGCUCACAGCCAGUACCGGGUUUGACAACCUUGCCUUGAAAAUUGAGGAGAACCACCUGGAUGCAGCAACCGCCUCACCUACACUGCGUAACAAAGAAGAAAGUGGGGCUGGGGAAGCGCUGGCCAGCGAACUGUCGGCCUUGUGA